AUUGCUGAAUAACAGCAGUGUUACCUGACAUCUGGGAGCGAAAUUCGUUGGAAAAACAGGUUUUUUUAAUUGAAAUAAGACAAUGAACGUAUCUGUCAGCCGCACAAAUAACAAGAGAAGUUAUGUUAACAGAGCUGUUAGGCGUGAAAGAGUUUAUGACCACUUGUAUGAUCCAGUUUACACAGUGUCAUCGGAGAUAGACCAUGCCAGGUCCAGCUUCAAGGCCUAUGCGUCUAAGGACCGAGUCAGGAGAGUGCCUGAGUUUGGGUCUAUGUUCAGUAACCUGCCCCACCACCCACGGUAUACCCUUCAGCUGGACCCUGCAGACCCAGUACCGGCCUCUAUUGAUCGUCGCUGGCGAGGCCACACAGAACAGCGCAAAGAGGCACUACAGCAGCUGGCUGGGGUUAUUCCAAAUGCUCAGUCAUGGCUGAAAACGGAGGAGUGCGAUGUCACUGGAGCUGAUCGCUGGAAAUACUUUAAACGCCCCAUGAUACCCUUUGCACAGCAGGUCCCCACGGAUGUGAUUUUUGCGUUGCCUAAAGAAGGCUUUGUAUCUACUGGUGGAAAGAAUGCUAAGCAACAGCCCACCCACUUCACAGUGGGGGUCCAGACUGACUACAGGGAAAGUGAAACACAGACAGACCCGUACAGUCCUGAGUAUAGGGUACGACCUGGUACAACUCCCUCAGAACUCCUGCAACUGGCAGCUUUGUCUUGGGGUCGUGGUCUGCCUGCAGGCCUGGCAGAAGUGGAAAUGAUACAGCGGGCACGUGCCAAGCGAGCUUGGGAGGCCACCCUUCCUCCAUUAGGUGACCUUAGUCAGCUGGACAAAAGGAGACGAAUGAUGGAGGAGAUGGAUGUCAAGGAGUGGGCUUUCAGAGAAGGAGAAAUCCAGAAGUUGCAAGAGGCUCGUCUUGCCGUGCUGAAGGACCUCUUGAGGCAGAGAGAUGAAGCCCAGAAAGAAGUCAGAAAUGAGAGACUCAACGACUUAUAUUCCAAGCACCAAAAAGACAAAGAGACCAAGCUACACAAGAUUGACAAUGACUACACCAGGUCGCUGAGAAAACUGGAAGCUAAGAGAAGAAAUAUGGAGGGGAAGCUAGAGCGAUUUGGCGGUGUCAAAGACCAGACACUUGGCCCUCGGAGCCUCAGGGGUACAUUCACCAACAGGAACACCUGCAACGAUGAGUUUAAAAGCCACUACUUAGACACAUAUGAAGGUUUGCUAGAGCUGGAGGCAGGACUCUCUGCCUCAGUCCUCAAGCCAGGGGUGAAAAGACCUCAACCCAGAGGCAGCAUCAGCAAGAAUGUGAUCAAACCCACUGUGAACAAAGCAGUGGAACUGAUGCAGAAAUACAAGGCCCUGACCGAGGAGGAGAACAAGCAAGUGGCCGAGAAGUCUUUGCGUUUUCUUGUCAAGAGGGAGAAGCCUGUUCCUCGUCCUGUAACUCCCAGAGUGGAGGAGCCACCAGAGGGGGAUGAGGAGAUAGAGCUCGCAGUCAUCACCUUGCAGAAACUACUGAGAGGAAGAAGUAUCCAAUACGAGAUGUUUAAGGGCAAGGAGGACCACCUGGACCUCAUUCGUGGGCUAAGGACUGUCCACGCCCUGCAGGGGGAGGAGCAGGAGCUACAGAAAGCUGACAAAUUGCUCGUAAUGGCCCUUAAAAAACAGAGAGACAACCAUAGACACAAGGUUUCUCAAGAGGAGGCUACUCAUGCCAGAGUGGUAGGUACAGAGCUCGGACGCCUGUUUGACAUUUUGUCCAAGGAGCUGGUUCAUCUCCAGGAAGAGCGCAGGAUCCACGCCUUUACACUACUGGCUGAGAGAGACCGUCGCAUCCGAGAGGCUGAGGAGAGCGGGAAGAGACAGGGGGAGGAGCUCAGACGCAAAGAAGAGGAUGAGAUCUUCAGACAAGUGGUGCAGGUCCACCAGGAAACUGUGGAUUUGUAUUUGGAGGACAUCAUCCUAGGGACCUUGGAACAGACAGCCGACCAGCAGGCCAGAGAGGAGAUCCACAGGAGGGCAAAGGAGGUCAACGACGUUGCUUACGCCAUGGAGGAAAGCCGAAACAAUCUUCAGUCGGAGGAGAUUGUGUCAGAGUUGGUGUACAGUUUCCUUAUCCCCGAGGUCGAGAAGAUCACCGUCAGACAAAGAGUGCACCAGAGGCAGCAUAGACACCUGAAGGCAGCUCGGAGCAUCAUUCAGGGGCCUGCUGAGCAUUAUGGGAUCCCUCCUAGUAUUCAAGGGGCGUCGCAAUUGACCUGUCCCUCUGAAUGAGCCUCCAACCGAGUCCUCAAGGAGAUGUUCAGCCAAGUGGAGCAGGAGAAGGGGAAGGAAACAGAGCACACUCAAACUGAGUAAAGAGAGGACUAAACAUAUGAGGACUAAACAUACAAAAAUAAGUGUUCUGUGUUCUCAUUCAUAUUAUUAAAGUUUCAUAAUCAUCA